CAUAUUUGUCAAAAUAUCAAAAGCAAGGUUCAUAAAAAUUCCAGAAUUCUCAUUCUUUGACCAUCUUUGGCAACCAAGUAACCAACUAAUAACAAAAUACACUGGGAUUGAAACUACGUGUUUGCUACGAGUGUUACUUGUUAGUAAUGUCAGUAAUUUUCUAUAUUCUACCCCCUAACAAGUCAAUUAAUAGUAAAAAAAAAAGUUUUUGGUGAUAAUAUAAGACAUUGUAAAAGUAAUAUAAUAUCAAUAGAAAUUAGCUGAAUUUAUUUGGGCUUAUAAUAAAACACUUGAUCUGUGGACACUGGCCUCAAAUUAUUUGAUCAAUAUUGAAUCUUAAGUCAUCCAGGCAUGAAUAACAUAGAAACUACAUCAGAUGAUGUAGAAGAAAUAUUAGUUUAUGCUGAAUUUGAAGACAGUGUCAAUUUAGAAAAAUAUAAUAAUAUUCAUGUAUUAGGCAUUGACACCAAAAAUCCAAUUUUUCAACUAGAUGACACCUUUUUUACUGGUACUAUAGAAAAUCCAUUAGGCACAUAUAUGUUCUUUGAAGAUGAUCCUUCGCCUCAUUGUGCGGAUCCUUUAUUUGACAAGUUACCUGAAAAAAAUUUAAAAUACUUGUGUAAAACAAGAAAGCUCAUAUCUGUAGAACAUGCAUAUGUGACACAUAAAGAAGGAAAAGCAGAAACGGACCACCCAGUUGAAGCAACAGAUUCUUCUAUGAAUGAUGAAAUAAAACCAGCUGAUUUUAAGACUAUUCAAGAAGCAAUAGAAAAAUUUAAAAAAGAAUGGGCGUCUAAUUCAAGUCAAUAAUUCAGUAUGAUUUGUUUUCUUUAAUUUAUUAAAAUUUUAUAAAUGUUUAUAAAAUAUACACAGAUAAACUAUUGUAAUCAAGAAUUACAAAAUUUAACUUUUAUGUUACAUAAUGAAGUAGACAAGAAAUCAAAAACUAGU